AUGUCGUACGUUGACAAUCUUUCAGGCCAAUUCGGCGAACUCGGAAUUGGAGGUGGCAGACCGGGCUCUCAGCCCUACCAGCCUCAUCUACCCGACCAGCAUGGGGGAUAUGGCUACCAUACUUCCAUCGAUGAGAGGCCUCCUUCUGGGCCUCCUCCUUCGCAAUAUCACGCAUCUUCUCAAUCUUCAUCUGACAGGCCGCCUCUUCCUAAGGGAUGGGUUACUUACUUCGACCAAGACUCCCAGCGAUGGUCUUACAAGAACGAAGAGACUGGAACGGCCCAGUGGGAGUUCCCUCUUUUCGACCCCCCCUUCAACCCCCCUUCUCAUCAACCCCCUCUUCCGUCAGGGUGGACUCCUCACUUUGACUACAGAUACCAGAAAUGGUUCUACACGAACAGAGAUAUCGGAAUAGUCCAGUGGGAGGCCCCUGGAUAUGAUAGCUUUCAGCCUCAGUCAGAGCCAUUUCCGAACAGUGCUUCGCGUGACAGUGGCUCUUCGCCGUACCCCCCUGCAGCCGCUUAUGGACAAACGUCAGGAAGCUAUUCAGCUCCCCCAGGCCCAUCUCACUCGGCCUCUUACGGUGGUUCUCCAGCGCCUCCAGCAGGCUAUGGCGCGCCUUCAGGAUCCGGGCAAUAUAGCGGUUAUGAUGGCGAAGAUCACGGCAGAGAGGAGAAACAAAAAAGCUCUUCUGGAACAUCCGUGUUCCUCGGUGCGGCUGGUGGUGUUGCCGCUGGGCUUGUGGGAGGUGCCCUCUUACACCACGCUUUGGAAGAUGACAGCAGCGAUGAAGAAAGGGAGCGUCCACCUUACAUCCCACCUCAACCUGUAAUUGUCGAAGAAGAAUAUCGCAAUGAGUAUAGUUAUAAUGACGAUCUUCCUACAAGAGACGAAGAGGGACGCUACGUGUCGGAAAGCGAUCGGGAGUCGGUCGAAGAGGCGCGAGAGAGAUAUGAAGAGGCUCGUCAUGAUGUUGAAGAUUCUAGUAGCCCCAGUAGCAGCGAUUAUGAAGAGCUAGAGGAAGCUAGAGAAGAGUACGAGGAAGAGUACGAAGAAACGUAUGACGACUAA